AUGGAGGUUACGGGAAUGGGGUUAACGGGGAAAAAGAAUGGUAUGGAACCCAAGAGGUGGAAGGGCAAUGACACUGAUCAGCAUGCUUUGCUUUCUUUUAAGGCUAAGAUAACAGAUGACUCGUUAGGUGUGCUAGACUCGUGGAACAAUUCUAUCCAUUUUUGUCAGUGGAAAGGCGUUACAUGCAGCCGCAGACGUCAGAGGGUAAGAGCAAUAAACCUCGUUAACAAAAAUUUGAGGGGAACGAUCUCCCCUCAUAUUGGAAAUCUGUCAUUUCUUAGGGGAUUUUACCUCUACAACAACAGCUUUCAUGGCUCGAUUCCAAAUGAAAUUGGUAGACUGUUUCGCCUGCAACAGCUCAAUCUGGAAUCAAAUUCUUUUGAAGGCGGAUAUCCUGCCAAUUUGAGUCAUUGUGUACGUCUCACAAACAUCAGUAUUUAUGAUAACAAGCUUGAAGGAAAAUUACCUACUUACUUUGCUUCUUGGCCUCAGCUUUAUCUGUUUGCUCUAGGAAAGAACUAUUUUACUAGAUCAAUUCCGCCUUCAAUAGGGAAUUUGACCCUCCUUCAUUCUCUGCAUCUAGAUUACAACAGUCUAGUUGCAGGCAUACCAUUGGAAAUUACUCAUCUUGCAAAUUUAGAGCUUCUUGCAUUGGCAGUGAACAAUUUGUCGAGUAUGAUUCCCCUAGCUCUUUACAACAUGUCAUCCCUCCGUAUUGUUAGUCUUACCCAGAAUGAGCUAGAAGGAACGCUUCCAGGAGAUUUGGGCAUCACCCUCAGUCAGCUACAAGAGUUUUACAUUGGAGAGAACCGCUUUUCAGGGCUGUUUCCACCAUCACUAGCUAAUGCGUCCAAUCUUGUUAACUUUGAGAUAUGGGGCAAUAAUAUCACUGGGCCUAUACCAAACAAUUUGGGCAACCUUCCCAAUCUUGAAAUGCUCAGCCUAAGUCAGAACCUACUUGGAGGAGGCAACAAUAGGCUGAUCGACGACUGGAGCUUCUUUGAUUCUUUGGUUAAUUGUACUUAUCUACAAUACUUGUCCUUGAACGAGAAUAGUUUAAGAGGGCAGCUCCAAAUGUCAAUUGUGAAUCUCUCUACCACCAUGGAGGUACUUUACAUGUACACAAAUCAAAUAUAUGGAGGCAUACCCCGCGAAAUUGGAAAACUGGUGAACAUGACAACGCUUUCACUAUUUGGCAACUUAUUAACAGGGACCAUUCCAGGAUCAAUUGGAGAGCUUUCAAAGUUGGGCACACUAGAUUUAAGUACUAACGGCAUAUCAGGAGUAAUUCCGCCUUCAGUUAGCAACAUAACUCAGUUAUAUUUUCUCGCUUUACGUUGUAAUAUGCUCCAAGGAAGCUUGCCUCCUGAAUUGUUUACCAUCACAACUUUACAGGAAGUGGACCUUGCUAACAACAGGCUUACAGGUGUGAUACCUGUGGAAAUUAAUAGAUUAACUGGCGGUAUACCUGCUACUCUGGGUGAUUGUCUGAUGUUGGAGGAACUAGGUAUGGGCGGAAACCGUUUCCAAGGUAAAAUUCCAACUACUUUCAAAGCGUUGAAGAGUCUUCGAUAUCUAGACCUCUCAAUGAAUAACAUAUCUGGGAAUAUUCCAAGAUUUUUUGUUGGUUUUCAUCUGAUGGAAUAUCUCAACUUUUCGCACAACAAGCUUGGAGGUGAAGUGCCUGGAGAAGGACUUUUUUUAAAUAAAAGUGCUUUUUCGAUUGUUGGAAAUUCGGAGCUUUGUGGAGGUAUUCAAGCAUUGCAUUUGCCUACUUGUCCUGUAAAAUUCUCAAGGAAAGAGAAAGAAAAAAUUGCAUUGAGACUAAUAUUACUCCUAGUUCUAGUACCCACAGGUGUAUUGUUAGCAUGUCUUGCCUUAAUUUGUCAUCGAUGUCGAAACUCCAAGAAGGUGAAUGAACCUCACCAGAUUCUGAAGGACAAGCAAUAUCCUAAACUUUCAUAUCAAGACCUUUUACUAGCUACAAAUCAGUUUUCCCCGGACAAUUUGCUCGGUGAAGGAAGAUAUGGUUCUGUUUACAAAGGAGUUCUUGAAUCAGUGGAACACAUACUUGCUAUAAAGGUACUAAAGGUUGGAGUACGUGGAGCCAACAAGACUUUUUUGGCCGAGUGUGAAACAUUGAGAAAUAUUCGUCAUCGGAAUCUUAUCAAGAUCAUCACAGCUUGCUUUAGCACUGAUUUUAAGGGCAAUGACUUCAAGGCAUUGGUUUUUGAGUUCAUGACUAGAGGGAAUGUGGACCAUUGGUUGCAUCCAAGUCCUUCCGAUCAAGAAAAUGAAAGAAACUUGACUCUGCUCCAGAGACUAAAUAUUGCCAUCGAUGUUGCAUUAGGAGUGAUUACCUACAUCAUCAAAGUCAUACAAGAAUCAUUCAUUGUGACAUAA